AUGAUGACUUCGGAGGAGUCAGACUCUCUGAGUACCAUCCCAUCAGACGGCCACCCUGAAGAUGCAUCAGCAUCAGGCACAGAGGAAGCCCCAUCGUCGAUGGUAUCAAGUGAGGCGGAAUCAGAUGGCAGUGUGCUAUCAGAGCCACCUCGUCAUGAUGCCGCGGACCUAAGCCACAGUGACGUCACAGCGGACCAGCAGACCGACAGAAUGCUAGGCACGGCCCCGGACGUACGCGCAGUUGGCACAGCCCUAGCUUCACUGGUGUCUACACGAGGAUCGAUGUUGCCAUGGGUUCCUAAUAAGGGGGGUAUGGUGGCCACCUCCGAUACAGACCUUCGUCCAGGCGAGUAUGUGAUGAGACUCCUCUUCACGGAGUUUACAGUCCAGGCUGAGAGAAAAAUGGAAGCUGUGAUGGCUGAACCUUUGGAAAAGCCGCUAAACAAAACAUUGCAAAGAGGUGAAGACCCCCAACUAGACCAGAUCCUCUCAGCUUUCGGAACAGUGGCAGAACAUUGCUUGCCUUCUCUACUGAGGGCUCUCUUCGGCUGGCUAGAGAGGCAGAUGGCUGAGUCUCCCCAACUGAAUGAACAAGCAAAGAAACCCCAUCAGGAUUUGAGGAAUAAAAGUAUUAUCUACAUAGUAUCGGGCAGCAGUGGCGCCGGUACAGAACAAGUUGAGAGGUCCAGUGAAGAGCUGCAAGCUGAAAGAAGGGAUUUGGCCGUGGAGUUUCUUUUUUGCUUGGCCCUCAUAGAAGUACUCCGGCAAUUGCCAUUCCACCCUGGCCAUGAGGAUCUAGUGCAAUAUAUUGAGAAUGUUGCCUUCAAGCGGUUCAAUUAUAAAGAAGGUUUGCAAUCAAAUCCGAAUGCAGCAAAUGUACACAUUAUAGCUGAUUUGUAUGCUGAGGUUAUCGGUGUUCUCGCUCAAUCUCGCUUUGCGUCUGUGCGGAAACGAUUCACGUUGGAAUUGAAAGAUUUAAAGAGCCGCGAGCCUUCUCCGCAUACGACCCAAAGCAUAAUAUCUCUAUUGAUGGGUAUGAAGUUCUUUCGCGUCAAAAUGGUUCCGAUAGAGGAGUUUGAAGCGUCCUUCCAGUUCUUGCAAGAAUGUGCCCAAUAUUUCCUGGAAGUGAAGGAUAAAGAUAUAAGACACGCGUUAGCGGGCUUGUUCGUUGAAAUACUUGUACCUGUGGCAGCUACGGUCAAAAAUGAAGUAAACGUGCCAUGCCUGAAGAAUUUUGUAGAAAUGCUGUACAGCCACACAUUAGACACGAGUACUAAAUCUAAACAUCGGCUGGCAUUGUUCCCUCUGGUCACGUGUCUGCUCUGUGUGUCUCAGAAACAGUUCUUUUUGGCUAACUUACAUUGUUUCUUGGCUAUGUGCUUGUCGCAUUUGAAGAAUCGUGACCCGAAAAUGUGUAGAGUGGCACUGGAGUCACUGUACCGCCUCCUUUGGGUGUACAUGAUAAGAAUCAAAUGUGAAAGCAAUUCUGCAACACAAUCUCGUCUACAGAGCAUUGUGAACUCACUAUUCCCAAAAGGCUCUAAAGGCGUAGUCCCACGAGACACACCUCUAAACAUUUUCGUCAAGAUAAUACAAUUCAUUGCCCAAGAAAGACUAGAUUUUGCUAUGCGGGAAAUAGUUUUCGAUUUACUUAUGGUUGGACGACCUAUAAAGAUAAUAUUGACACCAGAACGAAUGUCGAUUGGUCUCAGAGCGUUCUUGGUAGUGGCCGAUAGUCUGCAACAAAAAGAGGGGGAACCCCCUAUGCCCCGUACGUCGGGCACUUUGCCUUCGGGGAAUACCCUACGAGUGAAGAAGACAUUCUUAAAUAAGAUGUUAACAGACGAAACCGCUCGUUCUAUCGGUAUGAGUGCGUAUUUCCCAUAUGUGAGACGGGUUUUGGUUGAGAUUUUGAGGGCUCUAGACGCCCAUUAUGGGAGGCCAUUGAUGUUGACAAACACACAGAAUGUGACGAAAGAACAAGAAAUUAAUACUGGGGAAAGGAAGCCCAGAAUCGAUUUGUUUAGAACUUGCGUUGCCGCUAUACCUAGGCUAAUCCCAGAAGGCAUGAGUCCAAACGAGCUAGUGGAUCUCCUGUGUCGACUCACAGUGCACAUGGACGAAGAACUACGAGGUCUCUCCUUCCAAAGCCUCCAGACCCUGAUAGUGGACUUCCCUGAGUGGAGACAAGAUGUUCUGGCUGGAUUUACCCAGUUCUUAGCUAAGGAAGUUCAGGAUACAUCUCCCCAAUUAGUAGAAAACGGUCUGCGUAUGCUCUUACAAUUAGUGACAAGUUGGAAGAACGGUGAGCCCAGUACUUCUGCACCACCCAGACCUGAACCCCUCGCCUCCGUGAUACGAGGGACUGAGGCUUUAGGUCUGGUCAUGUUGUGUCAGUGCAAGGCCUACCCGAGACGUCUGGCAGUACAUAUACUUAGGGAAACAAAGUACCUGCUGGAAAGGCUGCAGUUGACCCGCGAUGAGCCCGCACUGUUCGACGUGGCAGACACUCACGUGCCAUACUUCACUGAGAAAUGUCUACCGAUACUGCCGCCCGCUGAGAAACAAGCUGUCCUAGCGGCCGGCCAGCCCGACUUGGUCUGGGUGGCUGAACGAGUACACCCUGUAUGGACUGCAGGUCUUCAGCAUGACGAAGCAUCUUCAAAGAAUAGCUGGAGUGGAAGCUCUACCAACGGCGCAGAUCCCUGGGAGGUUGUGCUAUUCGGUCUGCUCGAGCGUAAUCGCGUGCCAUCGCAGUGCCCGGCCACAGUGCUGCAGGCGUGGCCGAUACUCCACGCGAGGAUACACGCCCUAUACACUAUCAUCGAGCCCGCACCGGUCAACGACAACCGCGCAUCCCUACUAUCUCGCGGACCAGCACUUCCUCGAAAACCAGAGAAGGAAAGAGACGGAUAUAUGCAAGUCUGGAAAUAUUAUAUGACAAUGGCUUACCUAGUAGUGCCGGCAGUACCAAGUCCCGUCAUACGAUGUGCUAGCCCUGACCUAAGUCUGAGCACGGAGGAGCGCGGCGAGUGGACGGGCGCUCAGCUGAGCUCGUCCACAGAGAGCCUGAACGCGCCCGGCGGCUUCUUCACGCUGCCCCUCAGCUACGCGCGCUCUUACAAACAACACAAACGCACGAGUUCGUCGCCGGACUCCUUAAGCGAGCGUAGCGGGGGCGAAGCCCGGGGCACUCAUGCAGCACCCGCGUCCCUUCACAAGUUAGCAGUCCCUCUAGCCAGGUGCGAAGUCCCCGAAGUGAGAGAUGCAGCUGUGGCCGCCUGUGGACACAUCAACCCUGAUGCGCUUAAGGAUCUAUUCGAAGAGCUGAUACCGUUGUUGCGCGAGGCGGUGGACCGAAAGCAGGAGAACAUGAGGCGCAGGCGUCGUCGCGACGCUCUCCGGUUGCAUCUCAAUAAGAUGCUGCUGAUCAUUGCUCAGAGGAAGACUUUUGCUACAAGCUCAUACGCACUAGAAGGUGGUGGCCUUCACUCCAGUAUAACAGAAUACCUGGACGGGGUCCGUCAGUGCUUAGAAGUGGAAGCAGAGAAGGACGCACCAGCUGCGAGAGAACAACGACUCACAUUUGCAGACUUCGUCACUGAACUGAUAAAAAGUUUCCCACUGGAAAUGUACGAGUCCUUACUCAAGAAGGAGCUAUGCAAGAGUCUGUUCAGUUUGUUUGCGGGGUGGUGUGGGCCUCUUUCCAAGCACCUCGGAGCCCUGGAGCCCCAGCCUCCGGCCACUGAGAUAGAUGAUAGACUGAACCUAGCAGCUUUGAAGGCAAUGAGUGCACUCGUAUGCUGCGGGCCAUGCUUCGCACCAGCAGCUCUAGCUGAGGACGGCUCCCUAUACCCCUGGCUUAGUGAAAUGCUCUCGUCUACUAACGAUAAGAUAUACGAAUUAGCUCGUGAGACGAUCGUCUUAUUGCUAGAUUGCAAUCCCGAUAUUGGUCCGCUUCUGGACUGGACUGUGGACAAGUGCUUUACUGGUGCACCAAGAGUCGCUGAUGGGUGCUUCAUGGCUCUAGCCACCAUAUUUAGUGCCAGGGAAUAUCCAUGCGAUCACUACACGGCCAUCAUCAACGUCACCCUGAUGUGCACGGGCUGUCCUCGGGCGCCGGUGCACGAGAGCGCCCUGCAACUGUUACAACUCCUGGACAAGAGGUUCUUCGGCACUGUCGGCCCUUUGCCCACAGACGACGAUGCACCAUCUAGUUCCAUGGUAAGUUACGAGGCUUGUGUUAUGGAUACCAGA